AUGACGCCUACGAAGGUUGAGACUGACACAUAUACAAUAUUAAACAAGAUAAUAGAGUCAGACAUCGACGAUGACUUCCUGAAAGACUUUCCAUCGGUGCAGCUACCUGGGAAUGGAAAUUCUCAGACACAGGCAUUUCCUCCAGAAUUAGAAGCAGCACUUGAAGACGAUAUACAAGCGGCACAAUAUAUAAGUAACUUAAAAAAGCGAAUUGAGGCAUGGAAAGCCACCGGUUUGACCGACGCUAUGCAGAGGGCGAUGGAGCUGUUAAACGAGGACGGACUAAGCAGUGGUAAAGCAGGUGAAGACGACGAUGAUACUGACGGAAGUCAUGAUGAGCCAUCAACGCCAACAACUGAAAUCCAAGAGUCUCAACCUCAACCGAAGAUAGCAGAGGGUUCGAUAUCCCGACUAGUUAAUGGUGUAAAAUCCCUAGUCGACAUCGAAAAAGAUUUCAAUGAUCUUCGCAUACAGGAGCUGGAUCUCCCUACAACUCCCGAAAGUACGAUUAAAGCAGUACUUGCUAAAAUCUAUAAAUUACAAGAAGAUUUGCAGAUACAUCUACAAGGAGGCCCGCUGGCUAAUCCAUUGACAUUGGGCAGUCAACGAAGGAAAAAGGUGCAGGAGUUAUUAGAGAAAGUUAUGGGGGAGACUGCUCUGUAUGAAGAGUUUGUUAACAGAGGUAGGCAGAUUAAGCUGGGAGUGAGAAGACGCGAUUGGAAAGCGUUAUUGUUUUUGGACACACUCUCAGACACAUCACGCAAGACAAUCAGCACUUCAAUGACGUCAAUGUCUCCAUUGUCUCUUCGGGCAUCGGACCCAAGCCUCCUCAAAAUUCGCUCCGCCUCAUCUACUACCUCUCUUACGCCAUCCCGUACAUCAUCCAGAUACUCACGAUCGUCGUCUCCGCCAUUGCUUGUACUUGAAGAGAUAGGAUUAUCUGCUACGUCAGAGUUGGAACCAGGACAAGCAUUCCGAUGGGCCCCAUUAACGACGCUGUCAAGUCAUUUGUAUUCAACGGAAACGAGUCAGAACAAUGGGCUGCCCACCGUAUCAGCAGUGAGUGAGUUCAUUGCCAUUGGCACAACGCGUGGAUUGGUCCUUGUCUAUAACUACAAUCAGAACCUCAGAUGCGUACUUGGUAACACUGUAAAUGCCAUCGAAUAUGGAGCAGUCACAUCACUCGCAAUCUCCUCCGACCGCGCUCAAAUUAUAUGUGGCCACGCUCAAGGUCAUAUUAUAAUUUGGGAUAUUGCUCGUCCUAACAAUCCUGCUCGCACCAUCAUGCCCAUUUCUUCUGCUGUUGCUGCCGGUGGUCGUAAGGAAGGCCAUAUACGUGGGUCGGCCAUUUUACAUGUUGGGUUCGUUGGGGUGAAGAAGAAUGGCAUUGUCUCGGGAGAUGAUCGUGGUAUGGCUUUCUAUCAUAAUUUGUACAAGGUGAUGAUGGUAAAUGCAACAGAGACAAUUCGUAUUCUUGGGCGAUAUCCUCCACCAACGUCAGGGCCGGACAGUAAGUUAGCGCCGAAACGACCCAGCACUGUAUUUGGUUUGGCUCCAUUACCACUGGGACAAUCACCUCAUGGAUCAGAAGCAUUUGGACUAGUUGCUAUGUUGACCCCAUUUAAGAUGAUCAUAGUUAGUAUAAAACCGACAGUUCAAACGCAGUAUAAAUGUCCGAGGCCCAAACACACGGUCUCGGACUCGCACGGACCUAAAUCACUAUCGGGCUGUCUAGCAUGGUUCCCAGCUGUCAAAACCAGGUUGAAUCCUGAUUCACCAUUCAUCGAUACUGACCCUCUUCUUGCCUUCUCUUGGGGCAGUUAUUUAUCUAUAUUGAAAGUAACCGUCGCCCCAACAGUUCUGCCCGAAAAUUCCUCGAAAAGAAGACGUCCCGAAAAAGAUAUUCGUUUGGAGUUUAUUUUAUUAAUCUUAUUGAGCAACGAAGAGAUUAUCGUCUUUGAUCCAAGAUAUAUGCAAGAGAGUGAAAAAUCAGACGUCAAGUCGGAUGUUAAGUUAAAAUCGUUGGUAUAUCACGACCGUUUCUCUGCCUCACUCAAGGAAACGUCGGUUCACCCACACGACGCUCACAAACCCGCUGUUGAGCUAGCUUAUUAUCAUAGCUUACGCGUUUAUAAGGGGCUGGUAUUCUUGCUCGGUGUAAGGGAAUUUUACGUUGGGGCGCUGUUAUCAUGGACUGAUCGUAUAUUAGCCCUUGUACAGUCAGGAGACUUGGUAGAAGCAAUUUCCUUAGCUACCUUUUUCUACAAUGGCACUCCAUCACAGACGAUUCUUGGGCUACCGGAUGAUGAAGAGAAUAGGCAUGCAAUAGUAGGGAAAAGGUUGAUGGAAUUACUUACUGCCUCCCUCACCUUCACAUUCUCGGAUGAACGCACGUACGAUGGCAUGGCGGACGAGCACAGCGGAGAUGGUACUACUCUCUUUCGUGAUUUGGCAGUCGCAUGUAUCGAAGCAUGUCUAAGUAUGAACAUAAAAGACUUCUUAUUCGCCGAUAUAUACGAAAAAUACGAACAGGCAUUGGUCAAAGGAGUAUUUCUGGAGGUAUUGGGACCAUACAUCAUUAAAGACAAGAUAAAAGAUCUACCUCCAUCCAUAAUGAAAGAUCUCGUAACUCAUUACCGUAAUCGAAAUAUGUUGGAUAUUGUGGAGCGAUGUAUAUGGCAUAUUAAUCCGCAAUGUCUGGAUAUCGAUCAGGUAGUUCAACUGUGUCAAAGCGAAAAUUUGUAUGACGCGUUGAUAUAUGUAUGGAACAGAUCUAUGGUCGAUUAUGUCAGCCCGGCUGUACAACUGCUUGAUGUUAUUCGAAAGAUUUUAAUACUGGAAAAGCACAGACGUAAGAAAAACAAAUACGCUAAUGAUGAGAUCUCGAAUGUAGAUGAUGGGGACGGCAGCGAGGAUUUGGAGACAAUGAAGUCCAAUGCUUGCAAGUUCUACGUUUAUCUAGAAAACAUUCUCACCGGACGAACUUAUCCAAACAAAGCACCAUUGAACGAAGACGAGGCGAACGAGGCCCGCACUACUCUCUACUCGUUUGUAUUUUCGGGCAGAUGUGUUGUAUGGCCUCAUCACGGCGGUGAUCUAGUAUUGACUGCUGAAGACGAAAAGCGUGGAGCUGAACCAACAUAUCCAUAUCUACGUCUAUUCCUUCGAUUUGACACGAAAGCCUUCUUAAGGGCACUAGAAGCUGCUUUUGAAGAUUCAUAUUUGAAUGGAGUUGAAAUCAUUACGAAUGGAGAAGAGUUUUACGAUGAAGAGGAAAUGCCUGGAAUAAUCAUAAACCGGCAAUUACUUGUUAAUAUUUUACUUGAAGUCAUGACAUCGAAUAAUGGUCAUUCGGAAUUCACUCCAUUGGACAUUUCAUAUUUGCACAGUUUCGUCGCCCGUAGUCUUCCUAAAUAUCCGCAAUUCUUAUCACUUCCGACACCCGCUAUACACAAUAUACUAGUGACAUUGAGCACAGAUACUGAUCCACGUACUAGAGAGGAACGACAAUUGGCUGUUGAGUGUCUCCUGUCUAUAUAUACUCCGACUGAUGAGGAUCAAAUGGUUGAAUUAUAUGAAAAUGCUGGAUUCUGGAGAGUGUUAGAACACGUAUAUAAAGCAUAUCAGAAGUAUGGUCUCCUCGUCACUACUUAUCUUAAGGAUCCAGAAAGACGUCAAGAACUGUUUAAUUGUAUUCGACUAUUACUGGAUCCGCAGAGUAAGCUGAAAGAUGAACAAAAAAAAGAAGUAUCGACAACCGUCAUGUCGAUGAUUGAAGAUAUAGUCGACAUAGAUGGCGAACAAACUGCCCGAUUAAUACAAACAUACUUUAACGGAGAACAUGAAACUGUUAUAAAGAAGCUAGAAUCAACUCCUGUUCGUCUAUUUACAUAUCUACGAGGACUUCUCGAACCAGAACACGAACACGAAUCACCUAUUCAUAUAGAAGAACAAAUCACACUUGCCGAGGCACAGCCUUACCUGCCAGUCGUCAAACCCGAAGUUCAUGAACAGUAUAUUGCUCUUAUGUGUAAAUUCGAUCCAACUGGCGUUUAUAAUUAUUUACAAACUCAUCAAGACGGAGCAUAUCGUUUGGAGAAAGUGCUUCCAAUAUGUGAUGCCACUGGGAUUGUUGACGCUAUAGUAUGGAUACUGGAGAGAAGUGGUAAUGCCUCGGGUGCUCUUGAUAAAGUAUUAGAAAUAGUGCAAGAAAGACGACAAGACAUCAUUGCACUAAUCGAAGAGAAGAAAAAAUCAGAUAGUGAUGCGUGGUCGCUGUCUGAAAGACAACGCGUUGAGACCAAUUUGAUGAAGUUAAAAGGAGUCCUGAAGAUUGGUAUUCAAUUAUGUGAAAACAGCUGUCGUCGUGCUACUGCAGCUGUGAAUACUACUGACACUAAAGCUCCAUCAAUUCCUAAUAGAGCAACCGAGAGUGAAACCGAAUUGCUCUGGUUUAAACUUCUGGAUACGUUCUUAGAUGCAACCAAGGCUAUAUCGUCAAUAUUAACAACUCAAUUUCCAGCUGUAUUACCUGCCAAUAAGGAUACGCUCGAUUCUCCUGCAGCCGUUGUCAGGCCCAUACUACCCGUGCCAGCCCACAUUGCUAAUCAUCUAAUAACGACAUUCAAAUCUUAUGUACAACUGAUUAUGCGUUCUUUAUUACUAUCCACGUCUUCCCCAUACGUGUCUUUGCCGAGAUUACUACUUCGCUUUAUCCAAUCUCAAUCCAAGAGGAACAGUACAGUGGCGGAUUUCCGUGAUAUUUUCGUUGGCAUGAUUGAUACGUACAAAUAUGAAGGUCAGUUACUGGCUAUGACCAACCGACUGUUUGAAAAGGACUUGUUCGGGGGUGUAGCAGGUGUUGUUCGACAGCGUGGUAAAGGAUGGCGUCCUCGCAGGGGGACUUGUGAAGUAUGUGGGGGUCAAUUCUGGGGUACAGAUCUGACCCCGACAGCCCCCUGCACGUCAACAAAUUGGAAUUCAGACACAAAGCGAACGCCCCAUUCAUCCACUAUAUCAAACAAUGACAAUUCUGCAGAUGUCAUCCCGAAUCUGGCGGCUCUGGAAGAGACUCUUCAAUGUCUCGAGAGCGAUUCUAACAGUGAUGCAGAGAAUAGUGAAUUAGAGACGAAGUGUUCUGUCUGUCAGACUGAAAAACGACAUGAAAAUCUGAUAUCCCCAGAGAUUCGACGAGGAUCCAUUGAAAGUAGCGUCAUAUUGAAGAGUAAGGGGAAGGAAAGAGUUGUGAGUUAUUUUAAAUUAUAA